UUUUUCAAUUUUUUAAGGUGAUUGCCGUGGUCUGUAUUAUCUUAUGGGAAACUGUUGGCACGCUCUCUAGUCGAUACAUGAUCGUAUGCGGUACUGUUGCUGGUUUCACAAUUAUCUGUGCUGUCUUAUUCAUUGGUCACAUUCUGGACUCACAAGUGGAAAAACGCAUGAACGCUCUAUUUUCGAUAGUCGGUUGUGUGCUCUUCAUCAUCUCUGGUAUCUUAGUAAUUGAACAAUGGCAGGACGAUAAAUGGUUUGGAUUCAAUAAAGAGAACCGUCGUUAUGCUCUAGCUGCCGGAUCGUUGAUGAUCAUUAAUGGUGUCAUCUUCCUUUUGGACGCAAUAUGCAUUUUUAGAUCGUAAUUUUCAUGUCUAAUUUAUUUAAUUUCAAUAACAGAUCUUCUUUCACACAA